UUGCACAAACAGCACUACUUUGCAUUCUGUGAUCAUCGUUCUUUAAAGUCUGAGGAAACACCACAACUGUUCCAUAUAUUUUUGAAAAGAAUGCGAUCAUCAGCAGUUGAGAAGCUUUGCCUGGCCCUCGGGGUCCUCGGGUUUGUUGGGGUCAUUGUGUGCUGCACCCUACCUUGCUGGAGAGUGACUGCCUUUGAAAAAACAAGUUUUGUGACCCAAAAGGUGGUUCAAGAGGGUCUUUGGAAGAUUUGUGUAAAGGAGGGAAACAGACAGAAGGUUUGCAGUUUGUACGACUCCCAGCAGCAGGUAUCCCCUGACCUGCAAGCUCCACGAGUCCUGGUUGUCUUCAGCUGCAUCCUCAGUGGGCUCAGCCUCUUCAUCCUGUUCUACGGUGCCAUCUUUGCCAAAUAUGCUCAGAACGAAGACGCCAAGCCCAGAAUCCUCAUGGUGGCUGCAGUGGGCCUGCUGCUGGGUGGCUUCAUGGCGAUCAUCCCAGUCAGCUGUUCGGCUUAUAUCACUUUAAAAGAUAUCCUCCAACCUGGGUCACAGAUCUUUCAGAAGACAAAUAUUGGAGUGUGCCUCGAUGUCGGCUGUGCAGCAGGUAUGCUGCUGAUUCUGACUGGAGGUCUGGUCUGCAGGCUUAGCAGACCCAAAUACAGCAGCUCAGGAGGAAAAGCAAAGUGCUACAGCAGCAGUGCUUCAGCUCCAGACAACAAUUAUGUGUAGCUUUAUGAAAGAGACUGGUGUCCACUAGAUGGUUAGAAAA